AUGGUGGUGGGGGUUCUGGUUGUGGUAGUGAUGGUAGUGGUAGUCGUGGUAGUGAUAUUGGUAGUAUUUGAGGUUGUGGUAGUGGUAGUUGUGGUCGUUGCAAUAGUGGUGGUGGUAGUUGAGGUAGUGGUGGUGGUAGUGAUAGUAGUGGAUGUGGUCGUUGUGGUAGUGAUAAUGAUAGUGAUUGUGGUGGUGGUAGUGGUAGUGGUAGUAGUAGUGGUAGUUAUGGUGGUGGUGGUUGUAGUGGUAGUUGUGGUAGUGGUGGUGAUUGUGACUGUAGUGGUAGUGGUAGUGGUGGCUGUGGUAGUUUUGGUAGUGGUGGGGGUGAUAGUUGUUGUAGUGGUUGUGGUGGUAGUAUUGAUAGUAGUGGUAGUGCUAGUGAUUGUGGUGGUGGCUGUAAUAGUAGUUGUAGUAAGUUUUGGUGUGAUCGACAAGGAGCCUACUAAAAGAUUUUUCUUCGCUACAAAGAACAAUGACAAGUUCAAUCUCGAUAAGGUUUCAAUUAAAUCUGACGCGAAAUCUUCGAUAUCAACAGCCAAAAACGAAACCACAUUGAAGGAAAAGAAAGUGGAGGAAUAUAAUCUCAAGAAAAGUUCUAAAAAGAGAGUAAUAGUACCAGGUGACACUCAAACCGAUCAAUCUAUGUCUUGGAGGAUGCCUCAUAAGAAAAGAAGACAAAAUGAUCCAGGAUUUAACUUGGAUUAUUUACCACCAAAGACUCAUCCCCCUGUCCACAAUUGA